AUGUCUUCAGACCAACUGACACACACAUUUAUAAAUGAGGCUGCGACACAGAAGUGGAGGAAAUGUUGCAUCAAGGCUGCAGACUGCUGCAAGGAAAUGAUAGAAGUCACUGGCAUUGCUAAUGGAAGUGACUGGUGUCCUGGUAUUUGGGACGGCUGGAUGUGCUGGCCAGACACGCCACCUCACUCCACUCGACAGCAUGCAUGCCCCACAUUUAUCCGAUUUGGAACAACAGAAGACAACUGUGAAUUGACUGUGAGGAAGUCUUGUGAAGGAGACGGACGGUGGCGCGGUCAUCCCAUAUACCAGAACAUCCAGUGGACUGACUAUUCAUCAUGCAGCGUCCACAGCAUAAUGGAGCGCAGGCUGUACAUUGGAGUUGCUGCUUACACUGUCACAGCCGUUGCUCUGUUGCCUGCUCUUGUCAUAUUCCAUUUAUACAAACAGCUACAUGGACAUAGAAUAGCACUUCAUAAAAAUCUGUUUGUAUCUUUGCUGUUCAAUGCUGUUUUUGAAAUAUGGUUCAAAACUGGUGUUCUUUUGACUGCAUAUGAUGAUACCAACAAUGGAAAUAAGUCUGUUUUGAAACAGAAUGGUCCUUACUGUAAACUAAUAUUGCUGCUCACCAAGUAUUUCCGGCUCACCAACUACAUGUGGAUGUUUUGUGAAGGUUUCUACCUACACCGUCUCAUUUCUACUACUUUUGCUGAGGAAAGAAGUCUCCUGUUGUUUUAUGCAAUUGGCUGGGGCUUUCCCCUUCUGCCAGUGCUCAUCUAUGCUCUGCUGAGAAUAAUUGAUUCAGACAGAGAUUGCUGGGCGAUGCCAACAGAUCCUAGCGAAUGGGUUUUGAACGUUCCCAGUUUGCUUAGUCUUCUAGUGAACAUGAUAUUCCUGGUGAAUAUAAUUCGAGUGCUUGUCAUCAAAUUAAGAGCACCACAUCAUCAUGAACCUAGUCAGUACAGAAAAGCAGUGAAAGCCACACUGGUGUUGGUGCCUCUCUUUGGUCUACACUUUGGCAUCACAAUGUAUCGGCCACAGUCGGGUACCUGUCAGUGGCAAGAGCUGUACGUCUAUCUUGACAUUUUGCUUGAUGGAUUACAGGGAGCUGUAGUGGCACUAAUUUUCUGUUACAUCAAUGGAGAGGUUCACGCACUGAUGAGGCGUUCCUAUCGAAACUUCUUAGAAUUGAGGAAUCCUAGCUUCAGUGCAGGUCCAUGUUUAGGUGGCAGCACUGUCACUACCACCCAGACUGCUUUCUAA